AUGGUCCAACAAAUUGUGUUCGUUACUGGUAACGCCAACAAGCUGAAAGAAGUGAAAAUGCUUCUGGCGCCCGAAGUGGGCCAGGAAGCUCGUUUUGAAUUAAUCAACACCGAUAUUGACUUGGACGAGGUUCAAAGCAGCAGUUUAGAAGAAAUCGCCCGCCACAAGGUUGCUCAGGCUAAGACUGUCUUACCUGAAGGCACAGCUGUCUUCGUUGAAGACACAGCUUUAUGUUUUGAGGGCUACAAUGGAUUGCCAGGUGCGUAUGUCAAAUGGUUUUUGAAAAAAGUUGGUCCCGAAGGUCUGGUACGCAUGUUAGAGGGAUUCGAGAAUAAGGGUGCUGAAGCUGUGACUACAGUGGCUUAUUCCGAUGCAGAGGGUGAGAUUCACAUAUUCCAAGGUAAGACCUCGGGCAAGAUAGUUUCUCCGCGCGGAUCUAGGGACUUUGGAUGGGACUGUAUUUUUGAGCCGGUCGAGUGCGCCAACAAGACUUACGCAGAGAUGGAGAAGGCUGAUAAAAAUAAGAUCUCCCAAAGAUCAAGAGCAUUUGCACUUUUGCAGAAACAUUUGCACAACGAUCAAUGA